AUGGUAGCGACUGCGACGCAGAUUUUUCAGUUGCCGUUAUCUUCAUCACAUUCGAGUUUCUCUUCCGGCCAACGUAAUUACGGUGUGUGUUCGCCGUCUCCGGUUGUUAUAUGUAGGAGUAGUGGAAUCUCCGUGGAAGGAAUAUAUGGGCAGAGGAAGAAUCGGAGGUUCGGAAGUGUGAUAGCUCAGCAGGAGAAAGGAGACGCAACGGAGAUUAAAGUUCCGGUUCCGUUAACAUUGGAGCAGCAAGAGAAAGAGAAACAAAACAGAGAUGACGAAGAAGAGGGAGAGGAAGAUGCAAAUCCUGAAGAUCUUAAAUACGCCAAUGAGAUCAAACGGGUGUUGGAGCUACUCAGGAGGAACAGAGACAUGAUGUUCAGUGAGGUUAAGUUGACCAUAAUGAUUGAAGACCCAAGAGAACUGGAGAAAAGGAGGCUACUUGGUAUAGAGGAAGACGACGCCCCUAGUAGGGAAGACUUAGCUGAAGCCUUGGAACAGGUAAAUGAAGGGAAAAUCCCUAAAGAUCGUCUCACUCUCCAGAUGCUGCAUGAGGAAAUGAUCCGUUGGCCAAAUUUAGAGGUUGAGGUUUCAAAGAAGCAGCGAGGGAAAUCAAUGUACGCUAAAUCCACAGACACUGGAAUAGAUCCAAAAGAAGCAGCCAAGAGACUUAACGUAGAGUGGGAUUCAGCUGCUGCAAUUGAAGAAGCCGAUGUCGAUGAUGACACUGGAGUUGCCACCAAAGCCAUGGGUUAUGGAGCCUUGUACUUAGUCUCGUCUUUUCCAGUUAUCAUCGGUAUCUCGGUUGUGUUGAUCUUGUUUUACAAUUCCCUUCAAUAG